UGGGCGGAUCACAAAGUCAGGAGUUCGAGAAAUAACUAUUACUUCAUUUGACUAUUUUUACACCUGUAAGGAAUGAAGCUCAGAGGUCACACAGGAAGAAGCCAGCACCCUUCGGUGUGGGAUUGAUGUGGAGGAUAGGCAUAUACAGAGAACACACAAGCAAAACACCAUGGUGCAGAUUUUGACAGAAAAGCUCUAUGAUUAGUAAUGAGUGUGAAUUAUUCAACAAAGUGAUCAAAACCAACUUCAGUCCUGCAUUCCUCUUCGCCAUCAGGAGUUUGGCGCCUCGAGACUGCCCAUUCCGCCGGCCAGCAAGCUUCUGAAAAGCAAAACUAGGAAGUUGCUUUCCAACAUAAAGUGGAGGUUUCAACACAGCAGACUUUAAGCAAGUUCAAGUGUGUCUGUAUUUGGUCGGGCUGAUAGGCUGGACUCCGGCCUUCCCAGCUCAGGUCAAAUUCAAAAUGGCCUCAUCUCCUGCUGUCCUUCGAGCGUCCCGGCUGUACCCAUGGAGCCUGAAGAGUCGGGCGCAGUUGCUGAGGUCUCCACAGAUGAAGCAGGUUGGCCGGAUCAUUAGCGUUCCUGCUCGGAUGGCGGCGACGCUGAUCCUGGAGCCCGCCGGCCGCUGCUGCUGGGACGAGCCGGUGCGAAUCGCGGUGCGCGGCCUAGCUCCGGAGCAGCCGGUCACGCUGCGCGCGUCCCUGCGAGACGAGAAGGGCGCGCUUUUCCAGGCCCACGCGCGCUACUGCGCCGACGCCCACGGCGAGCUGGACCUGGAGCGCGCGCCCGCGCUGGGCGGCAGCUUCGCGGGGCUUGAGCCCAUGGGGCUGCUCUGGGCCUUGGAGCCCGAGAAACCCUUGCUGCGGCUGGUCAAGCGCGACGUGCGAACGCCCUUGGCGGUGGAGCUGGAGGUGCUGGAGGGCCACGACCCCGAGCCCGGGCGGCUGCUGUGCCGGGCGCGGCAGGAGCGCGACUUCCUCCCGCCAGGGGUGCGGCGCGAGCCGGUGCGCGCGGGCCGGGUGCGCGGGACUCUUUUCCUACCGCCAGAACCUGGGCCCUUUCCUGGGAUUGUGGACAUGUUCGGAACUGGAGGUGGCCUGCUGGAGUAUCGGGCUAGUCUGCUGGCUGGGAAGGGUUUUGCUGUGCUGGCUCUGGCUUAUUAUAACUAUGAAGACCUCCCCAAGACCAUGGACGUCCUCCAUCUGGAGUACUUUGAAGAAGCCGUGAACUACUUGCUCAGUCAUCCUGAGGUAAAAGGUCCAGGAGUUGGGCUGCUUGGAGUUUCCAAAGGGGGUGAGCUCUGCCUUUCCAUGGCCUCUUUCCUGAAGGGCAUCACGGCUGCUGUCAUCAUCAAUGGCUCUGUGGCCAAUGUUGGGGGAACCUUACACUACAAGGGUGAGACCCUGCCCCCGGUGGGCGUCAACAGAAAUCGCAUCAAGGUGACCAAAGAUGGCUAUGCAGACAUUGUGGAUGUCCUGAACAGCCCUUUGGAAGGACCUGACCAGAAGAGCUUCAUUCCUGUGGAAAGGGCAGAGAGCACCUUCCUGUUCCUGGUAGGUCAGGAUGACCACAACUGGAAGAGUGAGUUCUAUGCUAAUGAGGCCUGUAAACGCUUGCAGGCCCAUGGGAGGAGAAAGCCCCAGAUCAUCUGUUACGCAGGGGCGGGACACUAUAUUGAGCCUCCUUACUUCCCGCUGUGCCGGGCUUCCCUGCAUGCCUUGGUGGGCAGUGCUAUUAUCUUCGGAGGGGAGCCCAGGGCUCAUGCCAUGGCUCAGGUGGAUGCUUGGAAACAACUCCAGACUUUCUUCCACAAACACUUGGGUGGCCAAGAGGGGACAAUCCCAGCAAAACUGUAAUUUUUAUUUGAUCCUCUCUGUUGCUAAUCUCUCCUGGAAACAUCUGCCACAUUUAGUGUGUGUAUGUGUAUUCAUUCUUUUCUUUUUAAUAACUACUUAAAGUUUCUCCCCCUCAUUAUUAAAAUGAAUUUACCAG